CUGGAUACCGAUUCAGUCGAUCGAAAGGCGCGUACGAGGGUCGAUCGACCCUAAUCGGACGAGUAACCAGCCACCUGUCUAAUCAUUUUUCCUCGAGAUUCUCUUUCUCUUUCUCUUUUCUUUUCUUUUCUUUUCAUUUCUUUUUCUCGUUUGUGUACAUUUUUUUUUUCCUUUUCUUUUUCUCUUCCUCUUUUCUCUCUCUCUCUCUCUCUCUCUCUCUCUUUUUCUCUCUCUGUCUCUCUCUCGUCAAAUGAAAUUCUUUACUGACGCUUAUAUCUAGAAAGUAUAUUGCUAAUGUAAAGGAUCAAAGAGGAUAUUGAAUAAUUAAUUUGUCGUGACGUGAAGAAAAGUAGCAGGGUGGUUGGUGCUCAUCAUAUAUAUAUAUAUAUAAAUAUAUAUAUAUAUAUAUAUAUGUAUAUAUAUAUUUCUCUCUUACUCUUCGUAACGUAGAGAAAGAGAAAGAACGAAUAAAAAGGAAAAAUCGUCGUCGGUUGACUCGAAUCUGGAACGAUAAUAUCAAGAUGCUGUCCGCUUGGAAAGUGUGCUGUGCGGGAGUACCGCAACGUUUGGUAUUCGCCGUGAUGGGCUUUUUUGCGAUCUUCAAUGCCUACGUCAUGAGAGUAUGCCUGUCGAUAGCCUUGACGCAAAUGGUCAUACCUAGUAAUAAAACAACAAAUGUAACCUCGCUCGACAAUACUUGUCCUGUUUUUCAAGAAGAUCAUCCAGUCGAGCAGAAACAAUCUGGCACUUACGAUUGGAGUGUAGGACAACAGAGCACGAUAUUGUCGGCGUUCUAUUGGGGAUACAUAAUAACUCAUCUGCCAGGAGGUCUUUUGGCUGAAAGAUUCGGUGGAAAGUACUCGCUCGGUUUAGGAAUUCUUUCUACCGCAGUGACAACACUUUUAACACCGGUUGCAGUAAAAUGGGGCGGAGCUACUGCACUUAUCGUUCUACGUUUCUUGAUGGGUUUAGGCGAGGGUACGACAUUUCCUGCAUUGAAUUCGAUGUUAGCGCAAUGGACACCUCCGGAAGAGAGAUCGAAACUUGGCUCGUUGGUAUUCGCUGGUGCUUUACUCGGCACAGUUUUCGGUACUUCCGUUUCCGGUGUGAUCCUUCAAGAUUCACCGAUAGGUUGGGCUGCAGUUUUUUAUGUUUUCGGUGCGAUAGGUAUAUUAUGGUUCAUUAUGUGGAUCAUAUUAUGUUAUAACAAUCCGGACGAGCAUCCGUUCAUAUCAGAGCGCGAAUUGAAAUAUUUGCACGACCGAAUGAGCGCUCAUACACAUAAGAAACCGCCAUUGGUACCAUGGCGACACAUGUUUACGUCAGUACCAUUUUGGGCUUUGGUAGCCGCUCAAGUUGGUCACGAUUGGGGCUUCUUCACGAUGGUCACUGAUCUCCCAACGUACAUGAACAACGUAAUGAAGUUCUCAAUCAAGAACAACGGAUAUUUGUCUUCUCUUCCAUAUCUUUGCAUGUGGAUAUCUAGUUUAAUAUCAUCCUGGUUGGCCGACAAGAUGAUUACAAGUGGAUUUAUGUCGCGUACGAAUGUACGAAAACUCGGGACAACGAUAGCUUCCAUUGGGCCUGGUGCUUUCUUAGUUGGGGCAUCCUAUGGCGAAUGUGACAGGACCAUUGUCGUUGUUAUGUUUACCAUUGGAAUGACUCUGAUGGGUACUUUCUAUCCCGGCAUGAAGGUAAAUGGACUUGAUCUCAGUCCAAAUUAUUCUGGCUCGCUGAUGGCUGUGGUAAAUGGAAUAGGUGCUUUAAGUGGUAUCCUUACACCUUACAUCGUAAGAGCACUUACGCCGAAUGAAUUGAUGACUGAGUGGAGACUCGUAUUUUGGGUCGUAUUCGCUGUUUUCGUUGUUACCAAUUUAAUUUUCAUAUUUUACGCGAGCGGAGAGGUUCAAUAUUGGAACGAUCCUGAAUUCGUCAGAAGAGAUAGAGAGGAGAGGCGGCGUAAAAACGAUAUUGAGAAACAAGAGAAAGCAGGAAAGAUAUCGUCGUAAUUAUAAAGCGAUGAGUGAUGAUUCUUCGUCGAAAUGAUUUCACUCUUUUGUUUUCUUUUAUUUUUCUUUUCUAUUUUUUUUUUCUUUUUUUAUUUUUCUUUUUCGUCAUUUUAACUAACAAAAACAAUUGGAUCUCUUUGUUUUUCUAAUCGUGCGAUCAUACUCUACUUCAAGUACUCUCUCUCUCUCUUUCUUUUUCUCUCUCUCUCUCUCUCUCUCUCUCUCUGUUUGUAUCUCUUUCUCUCUCUUUCUUCUUGUUCGAAAUGACAAACGUCAAUCAAAUCGAUCGAUUUUAGAUUUAAAUUGAUUUGAGUACUUUCGAUUAAAACCGAACUGAUACACAGUUCUUUUAUAUAAUCUAAAUUCCUUUUAUAACAAUCGACUAUUUGAACUUUCAUUAAAAUUUCGAUAAGUUUCUUGAUAUCGUGCAAAUAUCUUAGAAAUUUUUAUUUGCAAAAAAUAUUUUACAUCGAUUUCAAUUGAAAAAUUUCGUUUCGAAGAAGUUAGCGUUCGUAAGAACGAACUCGUUUAAAAGAAGGAAAGAAAGAAAAGAAAAAAAAAAAUUUAAUAUUCUUCUUAUCGAGAGUCCAAAAAAUGGAGAUUGAUAACACGACAAUGGGUGCUAUUGAGAACGUUGAAAUUUUCUUUUUUCUUUUUUUUUCUUUUCUUUUUCUUUUUUCUUUUCUUUUCUUUCUUUCCCCGCCCCCUCCCCCAUCACCCCAUCGAACAACAGACAUACACUUUCAGCGGCGCUCAAUACGAUAAUGUUAUUCGCUUGCGUGUGAGAUAAUCAUUAAUUAAUUAUUAAUUAAUUCUGACGAACGAUCUUACGAAAAAAAAAAAAAAAGAAAAGAUCGGCAUAUUAUGCGUAAUUUUAUUAGAUUAGUAUAUAUCAAUUACGAAUAAAUAUUAUACAUUUGAAUAACGCCGUAAAAAAAUAUUGUGCAAUGGUAGAUGCAUUAAGAUGGAUGUUAAUUCGUACCGAGUUAUUAUCUUAUACACACGGUUACUGGGGUAAUGUCGAUUCGAAUUCUAUAUGCGUCGUAAUCCAUGUAAUAACAUGCUUUCACUACGUUGUGUUACGUGUUUCGCGCUUUGCUGCCUUUCAUUGCUCCUUCGAAAUAGUCCCGCCGCAAAUUGCAUUACCCAAUACGAUGGAUUAGCAAUGCAGAAAACUCGAGCUGCGAAAUAAAAAGAACAUUGGAUUUCGGCGAUAUUCGAAAUACCUUAAGAAUGUAUUUUGUAUGUAGAAAUUAUUUAAUGUAUAUGCAUAUAUAUAUAUAUAUAUAUAUAUAUAUAUAUAUAUAUGCGUAUGUAUGUGUAUAAAUCACGGAAAAGUGUAAAUAAUACAUAAAACCUUGUACUUUUCCGAGACUUGUAAAUAAAACACGCAUGGUGAUAUUUUGUAUAAGGCAUCGAGUUGGGAGAUUUCUCAAGAAGAAAAAAAUAAAUAAAAAAAAAAAAAAAAAAAAAAUAACAACAAUAAAAUACUUAAAUCAA